AUGCGUCUGCCUCCAGUUGCGCCCAUUAUCCGGGCAAAACUUGGUUCUACACCUGCAAACGGCCACACUACAUUCCUUCCUCAAAUCAGAAAACUCGUCAUCGAGUAUUGUGAUAAUUGGCCUUCGUCUGCUAACACACGAACCUAUCUUCUCAACCAUAUCGAGGACGUCGCACGGCAGAAUUCCCAUGUCGAGGUAGUCGUCCGACAGCGAUCUCAAAAAGAACCAAUAAUACGUGGCUUUUAUGUCAAUAACAGAGACAAAGUUAUACCAUUGAAUGGUCUGGAAGUGACUCAAAUCCAGAAAAAAGUCGAACUUCUCUUGGACUCUUCGGGAGCCAAGAUCAAACCUCUAAAGAAGACCGUACAAAGUACUACUGAGGCAGCUAGGGGAAUUUGGAGUGGUCUUCAUGCCGAGCGUCCGACGCUCUGA